AUGACAGAAAACAAGCCGGAACGAUACCAACACAAGUCGUUACAAAAUGGCUCUACUGGAAGGCUGGUGACACUUCUACCGGGGGGCGUGGGUACGCCGCUAAGAUGCCAGAUCAUAGAAGUGCAGGAUUUCGAGAACACGCCUUACGAAGCAUUAUCCUAUACAUGGGGUAACGAGAUACUCUCUGAGUCGGUGCAAGUUUACGAAUCAGCCGACAUUGAGCAGGCUGAUCGUCUUCUUCCUCUCACGCGGAAUCUAUCCGAAGCAUUGCAACGUUUGCGAUCGGAUGAACCUCAAACGCUAUGGAUAGACGCGUUGUGCAUCGAUCAAGAUAAUCACGAAGAGAAAGCAAAUCAGGUCGCACGUAUGGGUCGCGUAUUUCGCAAUGCAAGCAAUGUCGUGGUCUGGCUUGGCGAAGACAAGAACUAUCCUAGAACUAGAGCACUACUCACGCAAGACGGAAGGAACAGAUGGCCCCUGACCCUACCUGAGGCUGAUCUUGGCGAGCUCAUGUCCAUCUCCUGGUUCUCUCGAGUCUGGGCAGUCCAAGAGUAUGUGCUUCCGCGAAGCAUUGUUUUUCGACUGGGCACCUUGUCCAUACCAGCACAACAUCUCGAGACCGUUGUCACGCGCACUGGAGCCUACCUUGACGGAGAGAAGAGAUUAUAUGAUCAAUGGAAGUCCAUAUGUCUCCUAUUCGAGUACCGCAAGUUGAUGCAGGAGCGCAGUCCAGAUCAGUCAGAUGCCCGAUUGACGCUAGUAAGAACCUUCCUGGAUCUCACUCGCUCACGUUUGUGCAAAGAUAGUCGCGAUCGAAUAUAUGGCAUCCUCGGGAUGUUUGAUAACGUCAACAUUGUUCCAGACUACACGCUUGCCCCGAGGCAGGUCUACCAAGACUUCGUCUCGAAGCAUUUGUUGGCUGGUGACUUCUCGAUCCUCCACGAAUGCUGCAUCGGCAUUCCCAAUGCAGAUGAACAAUCGUAUGUGCCUUUUUUCGGCCAGUCUCGUUCGCACACCAAGUACAUACCUUUUGUAGACCCUCUUAGCGCUACAUAUUGCGCCGGACUGCAUAUGUCUCCAGCAGUAACCAUAGAUGACGACAAGUUCAUCUCAGUCCAAGGUUCAUUCAUCGACACGGUGCAACAAAAGCUAGAUUUCUCAGAAGACUGCGAGAUCGAUCUCGAUCUCAUAGACCCCUCAUCCCCGAUGCAAAGAUCGAGCCUCGAACCCGUACAGCUACCCCUCCAUGGCACCUGGGGCGCCAUCUAUCAAACCAUCCUAGCUCAACUCAUUACCGACCCAACAGAGCAGCUACGGUGGCGCAAAGAUUUCGACGAAAAUCGCAUUUCUCCGCAGUUCUCGCGGGCACCGUACCCGCACAAUAGCUUCUUCGAAGUGCUCGUUCACGCAAUCAGAACAGACCUGAACGCCGACUACGACUGGCUCUCCAGCAAAGGAACAGUCAGACCAGACGCACAUCUGCGCCGCCCCCGCCGCGACAUCCUGGCUGAGCGAAGUCUCUUCUGGACGGAACAAGGCUUUGUUGGCCUGGGUACGUGUCACAUGCAACCUGGCGAUGAGGUCGUCGUUCUCGCUGGCGACACGACGCCGUUUCUGUUGAGGAAGGAGGCUCGUUCGGAUGAAAAGGAUGCAGGCGCAUAUAAGAUAGUAAGCGAUUGCUUUCUCUAUGGCUGGAUGUAUGGAUCUUAUCCAGAUCGGAUGGUGGCGAAGGAUCCAUCGAGGAGGAGGAGUUUGGUUAAGAAGCUGAAGGGCGGAAGUAAGCAGGAGAGUAGACCGAGUCCGGCGUUGAGGACGUUCACUAUCACCUGA